AAUUCCAGUGAGCCGGGGUUUUCUGCUGCUGCUGCUGCUGCUGGCAAUCAGGAGAUUCGGAAGAGUGCAGAUGGACUCUGCGGCAGCAACUGCACCACUACCACCACCACCACCACCACCACCACCACCACAACUGCCACCACCAGGCCUUUGACUGGGAGUGGUUCCAUCCAUCACUGGCCUGCUGGGGAAGUGCCGUUGUCAAGACCGGGGACGAGCAGCAAGAUCUCUUCUUCUUCUUCUUCUUCUUCUUCUGUGACUGCAGCAGCAGCAGCAGCAGCUGCCAGAGAACACUUGGAGAAGGAUGAUGAGAAGAAAGCCAUCUUGAAGGAAACUGGGAUCAGGGAAACAAAGUCUUCUAUCUCAGGGCGUCAGAAGCAGACCAGCAAUAAGGGGCAUCAGAUUCGAGUUUCACCAUCACGUCAGCCGCUCAUUGAAGUCAAUUCCGAGAAUGAAGAGGACGAAAAGGAAGUUGGUCAUCAUUCUGGUCCUGAGCUCAUUUUAUCCCUGAGGAACUUGGAUUCAGGUUUUUGAAUCCAGGCAUUAUUACUAGGUGCUCCAGGCUUUUUCUUUCAAUUCGAAUUUCGUGUACAGAAUAUGCACAUGUGAUUGAUGGGAACCAUUUCAAGCUACUUAUUAUACCAGUGACAAAAGUCCUGAAUAUUAACACUAAGGCACUACAUUUUUGCCUUUUGCUGCCUCUCUCAGCAGCUUUUUUUUCAUAUUCAAAUUACAGGCCAAAUCAUUUUACAACAAAAUUCCAGGGGCCCUGAAAUAUUUCAUCACACUGGAUUUUUUUUUAAAAACCAUCAGCAAUGCAAAAGAAAUUCAGGAUAUUUUCAAUUUCUUCAAAUUCACCUUUUUCUGGAAAUAUCAAAAUGUUAUGAAAAAUAACCUAAAAUACUACACACUAGUAUUUCAAAAAGUUGUUCAUACCACCUGGAAGAUUCAGUGAAAAUUAUCUGUCAGAUGUUCUUUAGGAAGGAAUCUUAAUCUAUUUUGCUUUACAUGCUUUGAAACUGCUGUGAGAAGUGGAUAUUGAUUGAGAAUAUCUCCCUUAAUAAUAAAGCACAGGAAAUGAGCUUUUUCAGUCAAGCAAACAUUUGUGCAAAGCUUAUGAAAAUGUAGAAGGAAACCAUCAUUGAUCUUGAACUCAUCAUGAGGUCUUAUACUGUCAAAUUUUGGGAGCGUACAGUAUGUUGGUGUAAGGGUGGAAUCAUUUGUGAUCAACAACAUUCAUCUCAAUGCCCGCAUUGCCCUGUGAUCAUAUUCCACUGAUGCAUGAUGAUGUGUUGUUG